CUGUAAAAUUCCUCAAUGAUACCAUCUCUAACUUACCAAAAACCUAGAUUAAGGCUUCAGACAAGGCCCAUGAAGCCCACCAAAGCGGACCAAUUCUUGAUUCUCUCCAACUGCUACUAAAUUGGGUUGAGCCCAUGACUAAGGCCCACGCAAAAUUAUUGAAGCUCUCUACCGUUACCAGUCAAGUACGCUACUGACCGACGGCAAAAGAAUUCUUCAUCCCACGGUGUCUCACCCUUCCCCGCUCCGCCGCCGGCACUAAGACCAGAUUCGUCGGCCUUCAGCUGCUCUCACGCCUGCGAACGGUGGGUACAAGUCGUCCACUUCUUCAGGCAAGGCAAGUUCCCAAGUUUCCUAUUUUGGCCUUCCCGGUUUAAGGUUUAAUUCCAGGCUUUUACCAACACGGCCCUAGGAAAAUUUCUGUGUUUCUGAAUGAAUGAGAAGUUCUGUUUCCCGGUUCUAUUAUGUGUUUUUUACGCUCAAGUUUCCGACUUUCAUGGCGGACUAGGGCUGGAACUUGAUUUCCGCUAUAGGGGUUAGCUAAUGAUGCUGAAUUGAGGAACCAUAUAGAAUAAUGAUAUUCUGAAAGGAUUCAUAAUCUGAUUUCAAGUCCUUGCAAUAGGCUAGCAGCAGUGCCUCUCCACAACCUUCGUCGAGGAUGUGCUUGGCCGUCUCUUUGCUGCACAUUCCAAUGGGCUGAAGGCCCUGGAGCUCUUCAGAUUUGCCCUCCACCAUCCACAUUUCGUCCCAAGCUCCGACGCCUUCGAGAAGACUGUCCACAUCCUUGUGAGGAUGCGGUACUUCGAGAAAGCGUGGGAAUUGAUGGAGGAAAUUGGGAAAUCACACCCGUCUUUGCUCACCACCAAGUCCAUGAGCAUCAUGCUGUCCAAGAUUGCCAAGUUUCAAUCUUUUGAUGAAACACUUGAUGCGUUCGAGAGGAUGGAGAGGGUUUUGGAAGGCAGAAGGUUUGGGGUCGAAGAGUUCAAUGUCCUGCUUCGAGCCUUCUGCACUCAGAGAGAGAUGAAGGAAGCGAGGUCGGUUUUUGUGAAGUUUCAUGAUAGAUUCAAACCUAAUACCAAAACCAUGAAUUUAUUGCUGUUAGAGUUUAAGGAAUCAGAGGAUAUUAGUGCCAUGGAACUCUUCUACCAUGAGAUGACUCGAAGAAGGUUUAAGCCGACUAGUUUUACGUACAGUGUCCGAAUCGAUGCAUACUGUAAAAAAGGUUACUUCGGUGAUGCAUUACGAAUCUUUGAAGAGAUGCAGAGGGCGGGAUGUCCACCAACGUUGGAAGCAUUCACGACGUUGAUCCACGGAGCAGGGAUAGUGCGCAACAUCCUCAAGGCGUGGGAACUAUUUGAUGAAAUGCAUGCGAGAAACUUGCAGCCAGAUGUUGGAGCUUAUAAUGCAUUGAUCAGUACAUUCAUCAAGUGUAGAGAAUUGAAACCGGCCAUUGCACUUAUGGUAGAGAUGGAGGAAAACCAUCUAGCUGUCAACAAUGUGACCUACCACACGUUGUUUGUCGGAUCCAUGAACUUGAGUGGCAUUGAAGGAGUUCGUGAGCUGUACCAGAAGAUGAUUGAGAGGAAGUUUGUGCCUAAAGCAAGAACUUCUGUAAUGCUGAUGAAGUUCUUCUGUGUAAAUGGUCGAGUCGACCUUGGGCUCAAGUUAUGGGGUUACUUGAUGGAGAACGGUCAUUGCCCUCACGGCCAUGCGCUGGAUAUUUUGGUUACAGUGUUGUGCUCACGAGGGAAGCUGGAGGAAGCUUUGAAUUGUUGUAUGCAGUUUGUUGAAAAAGGGAUGAGAUUGAGCGAAUCGGUGUAUAGAAUGCUGAAGAAGUUCUUAGAGCAGUCUGCUGAUAAGGCUGAUGAGUGGAAGGAGCUCAAUCGGAUGAUAAAGAAGCUUGAAGACUUUUUACCCCCUUCGAAGGGUCAUGCUGUUGGUAAUCUUUCAAUAGAGUGAUCUGUGUCUGAAGCAAACCCUUGACAAAAUAUUGCCAUGGCUUCUGUUUGUUUAAAGCAUCUGUUUAUGCAAGGGUUGCAUUCCUCUGCCUGUUCUUCUGUAUUUUCUUAUGACGGGAUCCAAGCUUAUACACUUGAGGCAAAUUCUUAAAAGUGGAUGAUGCGAGUACACAAUCUUCCCAGUGAGGUAGGGAUCAUCAA